AACAGUUCUUAGAGGGACAAUCCGUAUGUUGAUAUUUGAGUUUCGAAAUUAAUUUCAUUAUUCGUAAGUAAUGGGGCGACAGAAGAAAAUUCCUGAUGGUUGGCUUGAUUACUACCCAAUUAAAGAUAUAGUUUAUGAUGCUCGUAUUGUACCAUUUAAAUGUCCUCUUCCUGAAAGAUUAUUCCAAAAUAGCAGCAUUGUUUCUUAUAAAUGGACUCCAUCUGAUGUAAUGCAACGUGUGCCUAACUUAGGUAUGGUUAUUGACUUAACGUUUAAAUUUCCUGCUUAUUAUAAUCCGCAAGAAUUUUUAGAUUGUGGUGUGCAAUACAAAAAAAUAGGUUGUGUCGGCCAUGAUGUGCCUAAAGAAGAAAAUUUUUUCGAAUUGUUAGAUACUGUUGAAUCAUUCAUGAUAUCGAAUGCGAGAAAUGAUCUAGUUAUCGGAUUGCAUUGUACUCAUGGUGUGAAUCGGACAGGCUAUAUGCUUUGUCGCUUAUUGGUAGAACGACUUCGUUAUACACCUGGGCAAGCUUUGGAAGCAUUUGCUUGUUCUAGAGGUUAUCCUCUAGAACGCGAAAACUAUAGAGAAGCGAUAUAUAAUCUUCAACCCAGGUAGAGUUAAGGAAAAUGCAUAAUUAUUGAUUAUUCUGAGCAUCAAAACCUAAAAAUUUUGAAUAUGCAUAAAUAUACUGUGUUAAACUUUUAUAUGUAAUACAAUUGAUUGCAAAAAAAAAAAAA